GGGCGACCCGCUGGCUCUGCGGUGCUGCCGGGACGGGAUGACCCGGGUGCCGAUGCGCCGGACGUGCGAGCAGCGAGCGACGCGGAUCCUGGGCCCCGAUGCUGCCCGCUGCCGAGGCCCCUUCCUCGACUGCUGCCAAUUCGCCAUCGAGCUGCGCCGCAAGGCCCGGGCCUGGGGCUCCGGCGGGCUGGCCCGGGUGAACCCCGAGCUGGAGGAGGACGAGUUCUUCGACGAUGAUUCUGUGCAGACCCGGAGCGUCUUCCCCGAGAGCUGGCUCUGGAAAACCAUCACCGUGCACGGGAGCAGCCGGCAAACCACUGGUGCCGGAUUCAAUUCACCACCUGGGUGGAUCCAGGCCGUCAGCAUGUCGCGGACCACGGUUGAAGUCCGUCCCUCGUCCCC